UAAUAAUCUCAGUUUUUUUAAUGAUAAUCCUGAUUUUUUUGAUGAUAAUAGAAGUAAUACUUUUGGUAAUAAUGUGAAUGGUUUAGAUUUUAGUAAUAAUGUAUUAGCUAGUAAUAGUAAGGAUAAUAAUA